UGUUAAAUCGUCUGUUCGCUCUUGCCAGUCUCAGGAUUGCUCAGUUUCUGCAAGAGGGUGCAGCUCCAUCCAUCCAGGAUCACCACUGGCACCGGUGACCAGAAAUGAUCAACACACUUCCCAGUGAAGUCAUCUCCCGCUGAGAUCUCGGAUCUCUUCAUGCUUUUGAAUGGAUGAUAACAGCCCACGGCGCAAACAUGGAUCUCUCACACCACAACUAAUGUGACUCAAACACGGGAUCGGGGGGGAAAGAGCAGACAGAACAGAGGCUCUUCAAGUGGUUUCCACGUAUUUCUUUUUGUUUGUUUGUUUGUUUUUGUCGUUGGUUUGUAGAAGCAGCACUUGAGCCCGCUUUGGAUAUGGGACCGUGCGCCAGCCGAGAGGGACCUGGUGUCGUAGGAAGAGCAUCUUCCUGAAGGAGGAAAAGCCCGCGUUCGGGAUUUUUUUUCUCUAACAUUUCUAACAUAUAGGCAUAUACAUAUUUUUUUUUCUUUUUCUACUGUGGAGGGGGAGAUGAGAGUUUUACGCACCGGAAUGAUGCGUCCCAACCACGGCUUCAUCCUGCUCCUCCUCAACGGAACCGCUUGUUUGGUGGUGAUGGGUCAAGAAGAUGACUCUACCAGCCCCAAGAGCUCUUCAGAUGAAUCCUCCAAGACGGUGGGCCUUCUGAGUGGGCAGACAUCCCUCUCACCCCUGAGCCGCUGGAUGCUGAGCAGUAAAAGCAGAGCUGCAAAUGCCACCUCUCUAGAUUUGCCCUACCGCACCCCAGUCCCUUUCUCCAAGCAGGAGUUUUCUAAACAGGAGUUCUGGGAGAUGUUAGGCAGUGACCUACUCAAACCUGACACCUCAAGCUCCAGAGUCAAACGCCGGCCAAUUGUUAAGACCGGCAAGUUCAAGAAGAUGUUUGGCUGGGGAGACUUCUAUUCCAAUAUCAAAACAGUGCGGCUUAACCUGCUGAUCACUGGCAAGAUCGUAGAUCACGGUAACGGCACGUUCAGCGUCUACUUUCGCCACAACUCCACAGGCCAGGGCAACAUCUCGGUCAGCCUGGUGCCACCCGUCAAGGCGGUGGAGUUCGACCUGGAGCGCCAGAGUGUGGUCUACCCCAAGGACUCCAAGAUCUUCAACUGCCGCGUGGACUAUGAGAAAGUAGACCGAAGCAAGCGCACCUCGUUGUGCAACUACGAUCCAUCCAAGACCUGCUUUCAGGAACAAAUCCAGAGCCACGUGUCUUGGAUUUGCUCCAAGCCUUUCAAAGUCAUCUGUAUCUACAUUUCCUUCUACAGCACGGACUACCGCCUGGUGCAGAAGGUUUGCCCGGACUACAACUACCAUAACGAGAUGCCCUACCUGCCCUCGGGCUAGAAGAGAUGUAGGGGGGAGGAAAGAGGAAAAGGGGAAGAGUGGGAGUGUGUUAACUUGUGGUGAGGAAAAUAGGGCUGUAAAUGCCGGAGUGGCAGCAAAACAAUUUAAAAAAAUCUGUAGCCUGACUAUUGUAAGAUGUAAAAUCAUAUAUGCAAACGAACCCUACAGUAUGCAGAUAAUAAGGGAUUUGAAAUGCUUAAUGACAACAUUCAUUAGCUUGACUGGCAGUCAAAAUAUAGUACCACCGACAUGCACAUUCUUACCUCAGUCCUGCUUCUAUUUGCCAACUUUUCACCAGCAUUUCUCUCACCCAUUUUUGCAUUUGUGAAUUUUGUUUGAAUGUUCUAAUCACCUAUUAAAAUACUGCUCUUUUGCAAAGUCACAAGGCAGUAUGAAAAGUGAAAGAGGGCUUUUAAAUGCUGAUUUGAUCCACCAGAGAGGUACAGACAAAUUUAGACUAUUACAAUAAUCAUAUUGUGUUUAACAUUGCAUGCACUAUAGUCAUGAUUUAAACAUACCACAGGGAAAAUGAAACACUAAUUUUCUCACAAAGUGCAGGUGAAUGAAGAGUGUAACCAACCACAUCUUCAUUAAGGUCACAAUCAGACUUUUUAAAGGACGUUCUGUAUGAAAACUCCAUCUUCUUUAACGUAGACAUCCCCCUCGUUGCAGACGUGUGUUUACCCACCAAAUCUAAUCACAAUACAUUCUUCAGUCAUGUUGCUGCUACAUAAAAUUUGCAAAGAAAAGAAAAUUGCUCAACAACGAUCCAGGGCCACAGCUUAAGACAAGUUCAGUGUGAGGGGAAUUACUAGAUUGUGCACAGAGAUAGAAUUGGCCCUCCACACUUAAGAGAGCAAGAGCAAGGUAGGGGAGUGAGAAACGGAGAGAUUCAGUGAGCCCUUUUAAUUAAAGUGGAGAAGGAGACGCAGAGUAUGCGGCGCCUUCUAUUGUCCCCUCUGUAUGAAAAAGAUUACAUUUUGUUGCUGUCAGGAUUCCUGAUUUCACGCCUUGAUAACUUUGACUCUGUGAGGGAGAUUGCUCUCUCCCCACAAAUUCUGUUCUCACUAAAGUCAGCCCGUUAUCUUGAAUAAAUGAAAAUAUUAUCAUAAUAAUUACAUAUAAUUUAAUCUCUUUUAGAACUAAUUAAGGUUUCAACUAGAGGGUAAAUGUAUUUCUGAAAAUCAAGUCAAUGGGAAGGAGGAUAAGAAGACGUUCUUGGGGAUUGUUGUGAUGCUUUUGUGUGGAGCCAGAAGCCAAAGCUCGACCCAGAGUUAACUGCUCUCAUUAAGAUAAAUGGCCACUGGCUGGCCCAUCUCAUGUUACUCUCACAAACAAUAUCAGUGGAAAGCGGCGCACAAUGGAGAAACGAAUUAGGUUGGCUGGCAUUUUUGCGUGCUGAGAGGUUACCGCUGCAGCAUUUAUGGGGACACAAUGACUUCUUGGUUAAUUAACAAUGAACAGUCACACGACAGGUGUAAAGAGUCAUUAAACAGCAGUAUCAGAUAUGCUGCUUGAUGCCAAUGUACUGUGACAUCAGUGAUAAAGAACAGAUCUGUGCAUAGGCAUGCUUGGCUGAAACUGCACAACAGUGUCCCAGGUGGACUCAAGCAGCAGUGAAUGGUCACCGUGAAGCUGUCCUCCUGUGGGGGGUAGCAUAAGGCCAGACAUAAAUGCAUCACUUUGGCUGUACAGUGUGAGCAGCAGAAGGAGGGAAAACACAGUCACAGGGGCUAAACAUAGAAACAAAGACCUGUAAAUCUGCACAUCAAAGCUCUUAGUUUGUAAUUUCCUCUUAAAGGGGGGGGGCUUCUCCCAUAUGAAACAAAAUCAACUCGUGGCCCAGAGCAAAUGGCAGCAGCACACAAACAGAAAGCUGCAUUACUCAUAGCCAUUAUAAAUGUUUUUUUCUGCUUCAGACCUCUGUCUCUUAAACACAUAUGCCAUAGCUGCUUCAAUCCUCUGCUUGUUGACAACAUUUGCCUGCCGCUUCUCCUAUUAUAAGUGUUUCCAAAAUCAUUAACACAGCUAUAAGCAUUAAGAAUUAGAAAAAAUGUUGAAACUCACUUUGGUUUCACUCCCUUCUCAGUACCAGUUUGUGCUUUAUUUAUUUGAAAGAAUACAUACAUACCGAGUCCCAGUGGAGCAUACAUUAUAAGUUAGGCAGCAUCUCAAACUGAAUGCCUGACGCCUGUUUGAAGGUCCUUCUUCUGCACUGCUGGAUGGAAUAUAAAGUUUCCUGUAUUUUAGAUGCAUCAACCAGCAUGAAUGAACCACUGCUUUUGCUCUGUUCAUCCAUUUCCUCAUCCUCCAGCUCUUGCUGUCCUUUCCCUCCCAGACAUCUGCAUGUUAUUCAGCUGUACACCCUACUGUCUUUAUGCUGUUAUCAUAUGUAAGACUGGCCUCAGUCUUCAUACGCUGUCUACCCGGGGCUGAACCCUGGUGUGGGUAGUUCCUGACUGCUGCCCCGGCAGCCCUCCUGAUCUCAGUGCUGAGCUGAGAUGGCUAAUGUCUUUGAGCUUAAUGUCGAGCUAGCUGAACAUAAGCAGGGAGAACUCCCCUCUUUCCUCCUCUAUCAGUUUCUCUCUAUAUCUCUAUAUCCCAUCAAACAAAUGUGUGUGCACACAGAGACUUAAGAUGUAUUGGUUUAGGUAUUUCCUCUCUCCUGUUCAAAGCAUCUUACAUAAGCCUCUGGAUUGGGAAGACGUGAAAUGUCCUGGAAAGCAUGCCAACGGAGUGCUGAACACAGAUACGCCCCAGUAACCUCAAACACCCCCACCCCAAUCCCGCAGGGCAUCAUGAGAGAAGUUGGAAACUCAGACAAGGAUGGUAUGAAAGCUGUGCAACAUAAGCCCACAGCGCUGUAGCAAUGUAGAAACAACAAGGACACAUGUUGGGCUACCCACCAAGAAGAAGCUCCUUACCGAUUAAGAUUCACAGCAAUACUCUCACAGAGGCUCCACCCUCUCUGUCGCUCCGGGAUGGGCAGAAAGGCUGCUGGACUAAAUUUUGCAGACUGUCAUGUUGCUGUGGGAUGGACAGUGUUGUCAUGGCAGCAGCCUUAUUAUUUACCCAUCUGGUGCCAACAGACAUGUGAAUAUCUGGCCUUAGAGACCAUGAGACAACAUUGGUCUACUCAACAAGAAAUAAUAACAAAAUCAGACUUUUGAAAACAUAAGUAUACAUAUAUAAAUAUAUAUAUAUAGAUAUAUAUAUAUAUAAAAGCUAAGAGUCCUCAGAACUGAAUAAAGUUCUGGGUGAAAGUUGUCCGUUUUACCUUUUUGUUUCUUAUCAGUUUGUUUCUCUGUGCCAUGUGGAUGAUAUACUGUAUGGAUGAUAUGAUGGCAUUUACUGUGGUUUUCAACAUUCUAUAAAUCAAUAAAGUACACAGAGGUACUUCAGCCACUUAAACUACAGAGAAACAGGCUCUGGUCUUAUAACUGGUUGCAUUCCCCUGUGCAGGUAGUGUGUCAACAAUCAUGCAGUCUCUGUUUUCUUGUAUUUUCAUACCCAAACCGGAGGUAGAAAAAAAAAAGAAAGAUGUGACAGAAAUUUUUGCUUGAGGCUCUUGCAGAUA